CAGAACUUUUUGAAGUUUAUAGGUUACCUAAUAAGUGUAUUGUGAACUUCGCCGGCAGAACUUGAAAAUCCUUCCUCAAAAUGUUAAAAUUAUUUACCCCCUUAAUGCGACCCUCAGUUUCACUUUAUUCAAAUUCGAGGGCAACGUAUUCACUAAUUCAAUUGUUUCGUUUGUAUUCAACAAAGACAUCAAAAUCCUCCAAUAGUGGAUCACUAACAAGAUCAUCUCCAAGAGCAGAACUAGACACAAAUGUAAAACCUUUAGGAGAAAAAGUCAAGGAAACAACGAAAACAGCUUCCUAUUUGGGCAUUAUCUUACUUGGAGUUGGUGUAACUGGCACCUUAUUCUAUGCAAUAUUCAAUGAAUUAUUCUCAAGCAUGAGCCCCAACAAUGUGUUCUCAGCAGCUGUAAAAAGAUGUUUAAGUGAAACCAGAUUGGAGGAUAAGUUAGGAGCACCUAUCAGUGCCUAUGGUGAAGAAACAAGAAGAGGCAGGAGACAACAUCCAGCUUAUAUGGGUUUUCUAGAUAAUCAGGGUAAAAAACAUUUGAGAAUGAAGUUUUAUCUGCAAGGUGCUUUUCACAAGGGAACAUGUUCUUUAGAAAUGGUUGAAAAUGAUUCCGGUUACUAUGAAUAUAAAUACUUAAUUGUGGAUGUAAAUGAUUUAGCACAAACUCGCCUUGUGCUGGAAGACAGCAGCCAGAAACACAUCACAACACCAACAUCUGAAUUCCUAUUAUAAAAAUAGUGCAAGAGUACACAACUUUAUAUAUAAUAUACAUAUAUGUUUAUAUGUUUAGUGCCUAAUCAUUUUAAUACAUAAUAUAAUUAUUAGUAAUUUUUCUUCCUGUCUGCUAUUCGUUGCAUUAAUGUACUUGGCAAAGACUUGUAGGCCAAGACCAGAUCGUUCUCAAAAAUGUAGUUUUGUAUUUUGUUAAUCAACCAAGCAAACGCAAUAUAAAUAGCUAGGUAUUGUAUCCAAGCCCAUUUUAAGACCUGCCAAAACCCGGGGCGAUAGUAAACAGCUUGUUCUGGAUAAUCCACAAGAAGGUGUAACUUAAAGUUUUCCGAUGUUAAGUCGUAGGAUGUGUAGAUUUCUGAUAAAUGAGUUGUAACUAGAAAUGAGUUUUUAAAAUUUGAAAAUUGUUUGAAAGAAGUAGUAAGAAUAUCACUUACAAUUUCGUUGUAAAUAGUUGUUGAUUAUUUUGUUAACGUUAAAGUUAUCCAAGUUAUCAUUAUAAGAAUGUGUUUCUUGAAUCAUGAUAAUAUUAUUAAGAAGUUUAUCAGUCACUUUUGGGUAGCAAUGCAGUGGAGCUUUUUGUUUUAACAUUAAAUUUGCUGUUAUCGUUAGAUGAUUAGCUCUUGGAAGGAUUGUUUGUUGUAAAAUGAUUGCUGAUUGCAUUUUUAAUGGACAUGUUGUCUGCAAAUGCAGAAAGAAGAAUGUUAAUAAUGAUUGUACAUACCAUAAUAAAACAUUUAAUAUCAAA